AUGCCCCAUUUCCCCAUGGACACCGGCUUCAAGUCGUCCUCGCCGGAAUCCUCCCGCGACAACACUCACCGGCUCUCCAUCCAGACGAAAAACCGCCGAAAGCGGUAUCUGGACCUACAUCCCGAGUACUUCUCGACGGAGCUCGAGCUAGCCGACCCCCUCCUCUACGACCGCCUAAUCCGACGCUUCCAAACCCCGCAAGAAAGAGAGGAAUCCGGACGCGCGAAGGGAUUCUCAGGUGUCCUUCAGGCAGAUCUGGCCCGGUCCGAGGCGAAGAUGGAUGCGCUGGCGCACCCAGAUCCCAACGCCAUGCUGAGCUACGCGCGAGGUCCGGAUGGGGAGAUCCUCGCCGAGGACCGCGAUGAGAUCCCCGGCAGCAAGGAGGAGGGCGAGAAGCAGUGGCGCUGGGAGAUGGAGCUACGGUUUCUGCGCGGCGAUGAUUCGGAUUUUGAGUAUGGGGCUGUGGAUGAGGAUGAGGAUUUGGAUGAUUGGUCGGAGACGCAGGAGAAAUAUUUUGAAGAGGAGGAGCCGGAGUGGGUGGUUGGGGAUGAUAAUGCUGGGGGGAGGAUGGGGAGAGAGAGCUGA